AUGGCUGCGGCGAAUGUUCAUGUGGUGGUCGAUUGGGAUUUGUAUGUUCCGAUGGCGUUAAAUGCAAUCAAUUCACAGAAACUGGGUCUUGGGUUCAAUCCGUCGGAAGUGCUCCUGGGGUUCCAACCCAAAUUCUUUGGUCGAUCGGAACUGAGCACUGAAGUAUUGGCGAAAGCCUUACGUGAGGACAUCGAGCACUUGCCAGCAUCGGAAGGAGACUUGAAUCUUAGUCAAGCAGUUGGCACGGCAGCCGAGCGAUUGGAUCAUAUGCGCCAGAAGCGGAACGCCAUGCUGGCUUGCCAUCAGUUGCCCAAACCGUUCAGGCCCGGGAAUUUGGUGCUCCUGAGAAAGGCAGUGCUCGACCAAGUGAAGGGUCGGAAACUGGAAACGCGAUGGGCUGGCCCAUACAAAAUUCAGAAAGUGCCCCCAAAGGCGAGAUCGGUUUACCUAGAAGAACUGGCGACCCAGCUUCGUGUUGGCAAGUUCCAUUUCGAUCAUUUGAAACCGUUUAUUUCCCGCAGCGAUAAUCAGAUCUCUGAAGCAAUCGAAGUUGCCGAGCGCAAUUUCGGGCAGCAAAGAUUCAUGAAGGAGGCAGUUAAGCAAGCUGUCCCAAUAGACCGACCUCAAACGCCUGACUGGGAAUUGUGA